CCAGCGACCGCUCGGGACAAACGCAUCCAUCCACCCUCAACCCACCUCUCUAAACCCACAGACACAUUGAAUGCGCGAACCCCAUCACCCUCGCGUAGUUUCGGCGUCAUUCGUGGCCAUGCUGGACUCCGGCGGCGUGAAGGUGCUGAAGGAGGGCGUGCUGGAGAAGCGCAGCGACGGGCUGCUGCAGCUGUGGAAGAAGAAGCGCUGCGUGCUCACCGAGGACGGGCUGAUGCUUCACCCGCCCAAGCAACACCACGACGACCACCAUCAUCACCAGAGCGACACGGGCUGCAAGGUGAAAGAGCUCCACUUCGCCAACAUAAAGACCGUGGACUGCGUAGAGAGAAAGGGCAAGUACGUGUACUUCACGGUGGUGAUGUCGGAGGGCCGAGAGAUUGACUUCAGGUGCCCGCAGGAUGAGGGCUGGAACGCGGAGAUCACUUUGCAGAUGGUCCAGUACAAGAACCGACAAGCCAUCUUGGCCGUCAAAUCCAGCCGCCAGAAGCAGCAGCUGCUCGUGGUGUCCGCGCAAAAGAUGAUCCGAAACGCGCAAUAGGACACCGGAGAGUCGGGAUCAUAAAGAGACCACCUCAGCGGGACCCCUGAAAGAUGUGUGUCAUUGUCGAGUAUUGUGUUAAACAGAGGUAAAAUGGACAUUCACCGGAUGAUCUUUGCGGACUCUUCUCAAAUCCUUGGACCCCCAGCGCUGCCCCAAUCCGCCACGUAUCCAUGGAGACACUCUUCAGGAGUCCAUCUUUUUAUAUAUAUAGGAGAUCUGUCACCAUGCAAUCUUCUAUUUGAUUAUAUUUAUUCGUGCAUUUUGUUUUUAAUAAGGUCAUUUUCAUAUCUGAAUGUUGGGGUUGUGUCUCUGAAAGUGCUCAUGCUAUAAUAGUUACAAUGUAGCAUUUUAUGUCAUUUUUUUAAAGUUAUGAAUCUGCCACAAAGUCAGCAUUAGUUUUGUUGUUUUUAAGAAAGACAUUUUAUAGCGUGAAGCCUCCGAGCACCCUACGUCUCCACGGUAACGCGCUCAAUCAAGCCACGUGAUAAGAUGUGUGGGUUGAUGGUCUCAGACGCGGAGGCAACUGAGAUUCAUCCUCCGACACCCGGAUUGAGGCGAGCCACUACGCCACCAUGAGGAUUUGGAGCGCAUUGGGAAUUGGGUAUUCCAGAUUGGGGAGGAAAAAUAGACAUAUUUUAUACCACUGGUCUUGAAGGUAUAGUGGAAAUAUUUCAUUGACUAUACUACAUUUCUUUUGUUCAAACCAAAGAAUGAAUUUCAUCAUUGUAAAAUCUAUUUGGCGCAUCUGUGCCAUGUGGGCAUGAAAUUAUCAUUUAGAAAUAAUACUGGUUUAAGGUUACAAACGCCUGCAUAUUUGAAUUAUGAAAGGCUAUGGACAUUAGUCAGCGUAGUCAUGUGAUGUGAAUGAAAAGAUGCAUAUGAUCAGGGCCGUUUCUGACCUUGGUACCCUAGACGCGAUCGCAAUUGUCGGGGGAGUGCUCAGACACGGUGGUGGUGCACAGCAACCGCCUCAUCUGGACCCCCACAGGCGACCGCCUAGUUCACUUAUGUCUAGAAACGGCCCUGCAUACAAGACGAAAAUGACUUUCACUUAUUUGUUAAUUUAACGAUCAGUGGCAAGGUUUACAUCAGUACAAACACAGUCUCUUUUUAUUCAUGUCUAAAUAAAUAUGGCAUUACACUGAUUACGGAUUUUGAUAGAUAUUAUUACAAACGCCGUUCUUUGUUGGAUGCAAUGUAUGAACUUGAAAGUACCAACACGAAUAUUGUUCAUUUGUCAGAAAUGCCCCAAUGAUCUGUAGAGAUAUUCAGCCGCUAUGGAGAUCUAUGAACGACUGAGCUGGUGUGUGAAGUGUUGCAGAUGUUGAAGAUGGUUUUUGAUGGAAAGGUAUUGUUCCCUAAGCUGAUGUAAAUGCCCCUUUCAUACCUUUUGAAAUAUACAUUCCAG